GAAAGUCUUUUCCUCCACCUCCGGCUUUUCCAUGCAUUGGCGCGCUUAGCGUUUCGUGGCCGAGGUCCCUGAACGUCCUCCGGCAGCCAGCUACCGGUGGACCGUCGACCCACCCCGCUCCGUUGUGCUGGUGGCAGUAACCGUACAGAGGAGAAGAACCAAAACGACACUAUAUAUAGCAGGCAUGAGCGCUGUUCGGUCGGGUUCGGUGGCCGGCCCGGUCCAGCAGGGGCUAAAAGAGGCUCUCAUGGAGACCCUGACGGCCAUCCUGUCUCCGGUUCAAGAAGUGCGCACCGCCGCUGAGGAGCAGAUUAAAGUGCUGGAAGUGACAGAAGAGUUUGGUGUCCACCUUGCAGAACUCACAGUCGACCCACAAGGAGCACUUGCCAUCCGCCAGUUAGCGUCAGUCAUUCUUAAGCAGUAUGUAGAAACUCAUUGGUGUUCCCACUCAGAGAAGUUCCGACCCCCCGAAACCACUGAGCAGGCCAAAGCCGCCAUUCGGAGCUUGCUGCCUAGUGGUCUGCGCGAGUCCAUCAGCAAGGUGCGUUCCAGUGUGGCCUACGCCGUGUCCGCCAUCGCUCACUGGGACUGGCCCGAGGCCUGGCCGCAGCUCUUUACCCUCCUGAUGGAAAUGUUGGUCAGCGGUGACGUCAGCGCCGUACACGGGGCCAUGAGGGUCCUCACAGAAUUCACUCGAGAAGUGACGGACACCCAAAUGCCGCUAGUGGCUCCCGUCAUCUUACCUGAAAUGUACAAGAUCUUCACCAUGGCUGAGGUGUACAGCAUCCGUACCCGUUCAAGAGCUGUGGAGAUCUUCACCACCUGUGCCAACCUCAUCUGUGCUAUUGAGGAACUUGAAAAGGGUGCAGCCAAAGCCUUGAUUUUCCCAGUCGUGCAGCAGUUUACAGAAGCGUUUGUGCAGGCACUACAAAUGCCCGACGGACCCUCGUCUGACAGCGGCCUGAAGAUGGAGGUCCUUAAGGCGAUAACAGCAUUGGUUCAGAACUUCCCCAAACCUAUGGUUUCUUCCAUGCAGCAGAUUCUGCCCAUCGUUUGGAACACACUGACUGAAAGUGCAGCUUUUUACGUCAGAACGGAGGUAAACUACACAGAGGAAGUGGACAAUCCAGUCGACUCUGAUGGUGAAGUCCUGGGCUUUGAGAAUCUCGUCUUCAGCAUCUUCGAUUUUGUACACACGCUGAUGGAGAAGAAAAAAUUCAAAAGCACGGUGAAGAAGGCGCUACCUGAACUCAUUUAUUACAUCAUCCUCUACAUGCAGAUGACGGAGGAUCAGAUCAAAGUGUGGUCAGCCAACCCUCACCAGUUUGUGGAGGAUGAGGAUGAUGACACACUGUCCUAUACUGUUAGGAUUUCUGCACAGGACCUACUGCUGGCGGUUGCUGCCGAGUUCCAGAAUGAAAGCGCGGUAGCGUUGGCGGCGGCAGCCACCAGACACCUCCAGGAGGCAGAGCAAGCCAAAAACAGUGGCAAUCAGCAUUGGUGGAAGAUCCAUGAAGCUUGCAUGUUGGCACUCGGUUCAGUCAAAAGCAUCAUCACUGAGAACGUAAAAAACGGACGCAUUCAGUUUGACAUGCAUGGCUUUUUAGCCGGCGUGGUCUUGGCUGACCUCAACCUGGCAGCAGUGUCGCCGUUCCUCCUCGGUCGCGCUCUGUGGGCGGCCAGUCGCUUCACCGCAGCCAUGUCACCGGCGCUUAUACAGCAGUUCCUGCAGGCCACCGUGAGCGGCCUUCAUGACAGCCAGCCGCCUUCAGUGCGGGUAUCUUCGGUCAGGGCCAUCUGGGGGUAUUGUGACCAGUUAAAGCUGUCUGACAACACGCACAUCCUCCAGCCCUACCUGCCCAGCAUCCUGGAGGGGCUUGUCCAGCUGGCGACACAAUUCAACUCAGAGGUACUGGCGCUGGUCAUGGAAACGCUGUGCAUCGUGUGCACUUUUGACCCGGCCUUCACCACCAGUGCGGAGAACAAGAUCUGCCCUCUUACUAUCGCUGUAUUCCUCAAAUACAGCAACGACCCUGUCGUGGCGUCCCUGGCUCAGGGCAUCUUCAAAGAACUGUCCCAGAUUGAAGGCUGUCAGGGACCCAUGCAGAUACGGCUCAUUCCCACACUUGUCAGCAUUAUGCAGGCCCCUGCUGACAAAAUCCCGACUGGACUAUGUGCUACGGCCAUCGACACCCUCACCACAGUUGUGCGCAACACCAAGCCGCCUCUUUCCGAGAUGCUGGUGUGCCAGGCUUUCCCCGUGAUGGCACAGUGCACCUUACGCACUGAUGACAAUACUGUCAUGCAGAAUGGUGGCGAGUGUUUGCGGGCGUACGUGUCAGUUGCCUUGGAGCAGAUCGCCCAAUGGCGCGAUGACCAAGGGAACAGCGGCGUGUGGUAUGUCACGCAGGUUGUCAACCUGCUGCUGGAUCCAAGAACCUCAGAGUUCACGGCCAUCUUUGUCGGGAGGCUGGUGUCCACGCUCAUCUCCCGGGCAGGGACGCAACUCGGCGAGCAGUUGGACCAGAUUUUGCGAGCUAUCCUCAGCAAGAUGCAGCAAGCGGAGACUCUGAGUGUCAUGCAGUCUCUUAUUAUGGUGUUUGCACACCUGGUUCACUCCCAGUUGGAGCCCCUUUUGGACUUCCUCUGCAGUCUUCCAGGCCCCACGGGCAAACCUGCCCUGGAGUUUGUCAUGACUGAGUGGAUGAGCAGGCAACAUCUCUUCUAUGGACAGUACGAGGGGAAAGUCAGCUCGGUGGCUCUUUGUAAGCUGCUGCAGUACAGCCUCAACACUGACGACAAGCGCCUCCAGGACAUCGUGGUGAAGGGAGAAGAAAUUUACAACCCCGCGGAGGGCAUCCGCACCCGCUCUAAAGCAGCCAAAAAUCCGGAGCGCUGGACUAAUAUUCCUCUGCUGGUGAAAAUCUUUAAACUGAUAAUCAACGAGCUGUCGACCGUGGUGGAGGCCAACGCCAGCAGAACUAAUGCAGCCGACUGGAGUCACGGUGAUUCCAGCAGCAUGUGUGAGGAGGAGGAAGAUGGCGACGAGGAGGAGGAGGAUGAUGAUGAUGAUGAAGAAGGGCUGGCAGGGCAACUGAUAUCAGACCUCAUUGCCUCUAACAAAUAUGAUGAUGACUAUUACGACGACGAUGACGAGGAUGAUCCUGAUGCCUUAAACGAUCCUUUAGAUCAGAUUGAUCUACAGGCGUACCUGACAGACUUCCUGACGCAAUUUGCCCAGCAGCCUUGCUAUAGCAUGUUCUCAGGCCACCUCAACAACAAUGAAAGACAAACCUUGCAGUCUAUAGGCCUCUAGCCCUUCUCCCCUGCUCAUCCCUUCGGUCUUCCUAUCUCCUGACACUCAUCAAUCGCCUAGAAAGAAGAAUGCCAAGGGGAAAGAGAACGCACUUCAUUGUGACGACCUGGUUUUCCAUGUUUGUUAAAGACUGCACGGGGAGGCUCAAAUGGAAGUUUUUCAUGGGUGAGCCCUGACAUUUGAACUGUAUGCCAAUUCCUCUUUAUAACGCUGCCUGUUUUUAUGUGACAGAAAACAUGAAACGUUUUUUGGAGAAGCAGGAAAAUUAUUGGAGGCCUUAUUCUCCCAGGAAAUAUUGACUGUUUCUUAUCAUUCGAUGUAAAGCUCUUAGUCUAAUCAUGUCUUGGCAUUAUCGAGGUUUGUUUAGUAUUAUUGGGGGGGGGUCACUGUUGCCAUGGUGAUUCUGAGCCUUGUCCUUGUCUUGUGCCCACAAAAAGGUGGGAAUUAAAUAUUUCUAAAUAAUGAACAGACUGCUUUUGCAAGGUUUGUUUCACUUUCAGAGGCUAUGAAUGUUUUGUCUGUGCUCGCACUUUUACAUUUCAUAACAUGCACCCUUCAAAUUGCUUCUACUAAAAACUUGGACUGUCGUCUGAUGACCCGUAUUGCUUCUUGUAUCGCUGUAUUUAAUUUCAUUUAUUGGCUACCUAGUACUUCAAUGGGAACCUUCAACUUAAAGAUAUUUUAAUUAUGCCAAAGACCAAGUCAACGUCUGUGAUAAAAGCAUUCUGGGUAUUGAAAUUGUGUGCAGAAGGCUACAGAUAUGUUGAACCUGUCUGUGAAGUUUUGCUAUACAUUAAGAGAAUGAAAAAAACACUGAUCUUAGUGUGGGCAGCCGGGUGACAUUCAUAUAAAAGAUAUUUGCGCAAAGUACUUAAGCAUGCAAAUUGCAAAUUUAUUAGACCUCUGACAAUGGAGAAAAUAAUAUUUACAUACCAAAAAAAUGACAUCUUAUGGGUGCAGCCAUUUUGUGAUGUCAGUUAUACCCACCACCUAUAGACUUGCACAUAGAUAAUGGGUGUUAAUGAAUGAUUUAAUGAGAAAGUGCAGGUAAUUUGGGAUACUUACAUUUGUUUGGCUAAAAUAAUACUGGCAUUAAUGAAAUGUCUGCCCCCUACAUCAGGCGACCGCCUCCUAAAAAUACUGGCUGUUAUUUGCUUUUUUCUCCAAUCUUUCACAUCAGAAAAAUGGAAUUCUGUGUUUUUGUUUCUUUGUUUUUCCAGCAAAUAUUAAGUUUUUUACACUGGGAUGGACAUGUUAAAGGUGUUUUCGUUCCCUUUAAACUACAUUUGCUGUUGUGCUGAUUGUAAUGGCCUUGGAAAUUUUGCAUUUACAGCAUGUUUCCAACAACACAUCUCGUACCAUGGGCGUCGCCAGACAUAUUUCACUGGGACACUUACCCUAGUAUUGAUCAGCUGUGCCCCAGUAUAAAUUUCACCGUUAAAAAUAAAUAAAUGAAAUACUUUUGGGUUUUGAGUCUACAUAGCAUAUCGUACAGAAUGCGCCUAUUUAAUAUGUUCAUAUUAGUCUAUUUACUCCGUAUACCGUAUUUUUUGGAUUAUAAGUCGCAGUUUUUUCAUAGUUUGGCUGGGGGUGCGACUUCUACUCAGGAGCGUCUUAUGUGUGAAAUUAUUAACAUUAUUAUAUCAAUUCACAUGAUAUUUUGGUGUUUUGGAGUGAACUGAUGGUUUGGUAAACUUGUUAGCAUGUUCUUUAUGCUAUAGUUAUCUGAAUAACUCUUAAUAGAUAUGU